UAUUAAUGAAAGCGAACAUCAGACAAACGUCGUUGCAUAAACUUCAAUAUAAUAAUAAUGAAAUUGAUAUUUGAAAUGUUAGUUAAUAUUUAGUGAACUAAAAGAUGGAAAACUGGGAUAUUAUUGAACCGUUUUCCAUAAAAAAUAUGAAUUUUGAAAAGUUUUGUACUAGUUAGAAAUAAAUCUACAUGUUUUUAGUUCGUUUUAUUAAAACUUUGAUAAGAUUCGAAAAUGGAUGAAUCAAAUAAAUUCCGAUAUAAGAACAAAUUCAUUCAUUAUUGUAAUUACAUUACAGUCGAACCGACAAUGAUUCUUUACAUGAUGGCAUUCAUGAUAACGAGUGUAGUAGAACAAUCAUUUUACAUAUUUAAAGCUUGUACAGUAAAUCAUGGUUUUAAUGCAACUUUAUGCCAUAAUAUAAACGAACCAGAGUAUAAAAAUAUAACAAAAGAAGUUCAGAAAACAGUCGCGAAAUUCCACAUAUAUAACAACAUUGCCGGCCAUUUUGUACCUAUAGUUCUAGCUUUUUUCAUAGGAUCUUGGUCGGAUAAACGCGGUAGAAAAUCCCCAUUACUUAUAGGGCUUUUCGGAAAAUUAUUUUUUUCCUUAAUGAUAAUAGUGAAUAGUUAUAAAAAAGAAUGGCCUUUGGAAUACGUUACAAUCACGGCAACUUUACCAAGCGCCUUGACCGGCGCAGACGUUGCAAUUUUCGCGUCUGCCUUGACAUACCUCAUCGAUGUCUCAUCUGUUAAAAAUCGAACUAUUAGGGUUACCAUAUUGGAGGUGUGUUAUUUAGCGACAAUGCCCAUAGGGGUAGCUUUAGGUUCUUAUUUAUUUAAAUACGUUUUAAAUAAAUCCUACUCGUAUAUGUUUGUUAUAAACGGCUCUCUGAUGAUAUUAUCAAUGUUGUAUUCUUCAUUUAGACUAAAAUGGAGGAGUAAUCCUAAACAGAAACCUUUAUCGGAAGCUAAAAAUAAGAUCCUCGAUUUUUUCGAUUAUAAUCACGUAGUAGCAACAACUAGGGUUUUAUCUAGAAAAAGAUCUAAUAACAAAAGGACUUAUUUUUGGUUAUUAUUGAUAAUGAUGGCUUUGUACACGUUUCAAAGAGACGAAAGAGAAAUAAUGUUCAUGUAUUGUCAAUUAACAUUCAAUUGGGCUAUAGAACAAUUUAGUAUAUUCAGAACUGUACAAUCGGGGCUACAAGACGUGAUUCUUUUGAUAGCUAUCCCUGUUAUGAGUAAGGUUUUAGGGUUUAGGGACACUGUUAUUAUAAUCAUCGGUGCUUUAGCUCACACAAUAGCGAGAAUAUUUUAUUUUACAGCUGAUAUCACAAUGUUUUAUAUAGGGGGAGUAUUUGCGUCUUUCGGCCCCAUAGUGGCGCCUGUAAUACGAUCUCUAGUUUCAAAAAUAGUUCCUAUAUCGGAAAAAGGUAAAGCAUUCGCUGUACUUUCUGUAGCUGAUAAUGCUGUACCAUUAAUAUCCGGUACUUGUUAUAACGCUCUUUACCAAUUGUGUAUUAAUUUGAAUCCAGGAAUUAUAUUUUUUUUGACUGCCUCUACUCAAAUUAGUGUUUUUUUAUUAAUUUUAUAUAUUCAUCUCAAAACUGAUCGAAACGAAUUUGAAAAUGAAAAUGUUGUACUGGAAAUAACGGAUUCAACUGAAAAUGAUAAACUUCGACAAGAAAUGUGAUACUUUUUUUUAAAUAAAAACUUGAAUACUCACAGUU